CAUUGCGUAAAAAAACGUCACAAAGACAAACUGGAUUUCAAUGAAAACAUAGGCUUCUGUAUACCUGUAGAACCCGGCAUUUUUUGUACAUAAACCUAGCUAAAGUGACAAUAUGACGGAAAUAUUCUCUACUUUAUUUGGGCAAAAUGAAACUCAGGGACCACCCGGUUCGUCGUCCAUGGGAUUCGGACCAGGGAAACCUCCGCCGCCUCUUCCGCAGAGUCAAGUCUCUGUGGCGGGGCAGAUGCCACCACAGCUCGGGGAUGAGGGGCCUCCUCUGCGGAAGUCCGGAGCUAUGAAUGAACCUUUUUACUUACUACGAGAGCUACCUGUGGGAAACGAAUUGACGGGUAACACCAACCUCAUCACGCACUACAACCUGGAGCAUGCCUACAACAAGUUCUGUGGGAAGAAGGUGAAGGAGAAGCUCAGCAACUUUCUACCAGAGUUACCAGGUAUGAUUGACUGUCCCGGGAAUCAGGAUGGAAGCUCACUACGAUCCCUUAUCGAUAAGCCACCAGUAUCUGGAAACUCCUUCAGUCCACUAACAGGCGCUCUGCUAACAGGCUUCAGACUACACACUGGGCCGCUACCAGAACAGUACAGACUCAUGCACAUACAGCCUCCAAAGAAGAAGAGCAAACACAAGCACAAGCACCAUCGCCCGCAGGACCCAUUACCACAAGCAGAGACACCAUCAGACACUGACCCCAAGAAGAAGAAGAAGAAGAGGGACGACGAUCCCGACCGCAAGAAGAAGAAAAAAGACAAGAAAAAGAAGAAGAACCGCCACAGCCCCGACCACACUGGCCUCGCCGGCUCACAGCCCAACAGCAACAGCCUCAGAUAGGUCCCAGCCCCACGUGUGCACGAGUGACUUUUUUUUUUUUUUUUUUUUGUAAGCGAGCGUGUGUACAGAUAACUGCAUUAUUCAAAGUACAGUACCAGAACGUUUGGCUCAUACUAUUGAAUGGGAAGGUGCGUCUCAGCUUUGAACUGGUCCUGAUGUACACCUUUUAUGGAAGAACGGAUUGGCUGGAAUCAGAAAUGUUUGCGUGGUGUGUUCAAGAGCAGAGGGAAGAACAAUGCAUUGGAUACUUUUGAUGUCAAUGUUCUAAACACAUUUCACCGUCUUACCAAAGUGAAAUAAACUUCCAUUACAGUCUUUACUUUUUCUCCUUUCAAAUCGUCUCGUUGCUGAGACUUGUCAACAGUACGACCAGGUUCAUCCCCAAGGCAUUCACUGUCUGCAAAAGUGCAUUUUUUUUUGUUGAAUGAGUCUCGCUGGACUGGAAAUGACACAUGAAAGUUUAUUUAGGAAGGUGUUGUUAGUCAUACGUAGGGGAGCCACAAAAGAAAACGAAAGAAAAGCAUCGGUUUGAAGGCAAAAUGAGAGCAUUUGUAGUUCCUUCAGUGAUGUAGUAAACAGACCUGAGUAUUGUCGUUCAUCCAUGUCAUUGUAUUCUCAUUGCAUUGAAUGUUUCCCAGUCUUAGGCACGUUCACACUGCAGGUCAAUUCCCCUUGUUUUGCUCGUGUGACCUGCAUCAGAUGUUUUUCAUGUCGGUGUGAACAGUACAAUUAGGAUUUGUUCAAAUGCGACUCAGGCCUUGUAGAUAUGAAUACGAUAUGUGUCCCAUCUACUGCAGUCUGAACGGUGAGGUUGCGUACAUCCAAACCUAAACGUCAUCCAAAGGCGUGGUUUGGAUAAAGUCCCCGUGAAUGUAGUACUCUACAUUGGCCGCUAGGUGUCAGUGAUUGUUGGGUGACACUCACCGAUGUUGGCAAAAGUUCUUCUUGUCAUCCAUCCUUCUUCUAUGCCGCUUAUCCUCACGAGGGUUGCGGAUAUGCUGGAGCCUAUCCCAGCUGAUUUUAACCAAAAAUCAUACCCUGCAGUUUGAGCGUAGCCGAGUCUGACUGGGCUGGCGAAAUGUCUUCUAAGACAAAAAGAGAGUCCCAACUGGUGUGGCUGUGGGACCCACCAUUACCAGUCAAUGACAACCGGCGACCCAAAUUGCGGAUAUUUUGCGGCUAAAACUUGUAAAAUAUCUCAUUUAAGGAGCCUGUUUGCAACAUUCACACAGCGGCCUUGGGGGUGCUUACUUACCAACGUUAUAUAACUACAUUUUUAUCCACAAAUUCCAAAAUAAUUUCAAAGACAAGUGUUUUCAGUACAUGGUGUAUCCAAGGAGUUGAUUGACAGCACCUGGACUUGGACCUGGAUGAGAGGUGAAACUGCUUUACGAGAAUCAAGCUAGUCCAGUUGCCUUCAUUCGACUCCUCAGACUAAAAAAAGAAAGUGCAAUUCAAAAUAUAUAAAUUGUACUUUUUUUCCUGAUUACCUCAGGACGUAUGUUUAAUAACAGGGUUUCUUCUGUAGACUACCGCUCUACCUGGGUCAGUAGAUGGAACUGGGCAUGAAACUGUACCUGCGAGUCUGCAUUGCGGGCGGAAUUCACCCAUAACAUGAGCCGGAGCGAUGAGACGCUCGUGUCUUUGUAGCGCGCUCUUCUCCAGCAGAUACUGUAUGUAAUAUAAUGUAAUGUAAUGUAAUGUAGUAUAAUGUAAAGACGAUCUAAGGGCGUGGGGGCUGUGCGUUUGGCACGUUAAGUUCACCUCCUGCCCAAGCUUGGUUGGCCAGGUCCCCAAUAAACGUGGCACGCACUUGGUGUAGCAAGCAAAUGGCACAGACGCCAGAUGCAUUCAGUGACAUCGGGUCGUUACAGUUUUUAUGCAGCCCACUUAAAACGAGAACAGGGGAGAAACUGUACAAAAUCUUGUCCAAAAAAAUAGAUUUUCUGCGAGUAGAAGAGCCUUCCGCCAUGUGAUGUUUUCUGAGGGAAGUUACUGUACACUUAAAAAAAACUACACUCUAAUCAGUGAUAGUUUGAUAUGUUGAUUGAAUGUAUUGAGAGAAUCAUUUUGGACUUGGAACUUUGUCAAUACAUAAAAACAAAGUAAAACAAAGAUUUAAAUGAUCAUCUUUCUUGUGUCAUUUCCAGAUAAAAGAUGGCAAUAUAAAAUGAACUUCAACUCCAAAUUCAGCCACGGUAUUAAUCAGGGGUGUCCAAACUGCGGCCCAGGGGCAAUUUUUUCCCGGCAAUGGAUAUUUUAUGACCGGCCCUUGGCACAUUUCAAAAAUACAAUUUAACAAGAAAACUUUUUUUUUAAAAUGGUAAAAAAAAAAAACAAAUUUUACAAAGUAUUGGACUAAAGUCGUAAUAAGAGAAAAAAGUUGCAAUACUAUGAGGAAAAACAUUACAUUUUCGGAGGAUAAAGUUGACGUAAAUGAUUUUAAAGUUGUAAUGUUAGAAACAAAACAAAGAAUAAAGUUGCAAUUUUUGGACAUUUAAGUUGGGGGAAAAUUGUAAUGGAACCAAAUAUUCCGGGUGGGGGGGGGGGGGGGGAAUUAAAUGUUCUAAAAAAAUAAAUACAAGAAGAAAGUUCAAAUAUUUGUAAAAUUGAAAAGCAACAGCAAAAGUGAAAAACGAAGCGAAGCGAAAAGCGAAGCUGCAGGCUGUUUAUUCUUUAAAUAUGUACAUUUUGUUAGCAUGGGUUGGUUUACAAAAUGGAAAAUAUCAAAGCAGCCCCCGCAUCCUUUGAUUUUAUUACCUUACGCGGCACUCGCUGGGAAAAGUUUGGACACCCCCGUUAUGAAUCCUUAUGGGUGUUGGUGUAGCACGUGUUUGCCAGGAACAAUAACACUCAGCCACCUUUGCUGUGGAUUUCUAGGUUUCAGAGAGAUAUUGGAGAUAUUGUCAAUAAAAACCUCUUUUCCACCAAGUCUUCUUUCAUACAUUUCAUACAUUUAUUUGUUUAUGUAAUGCACAAGCUUGGUAAAAUGAUUGGAGCGAAGAAGGACAAGCAUAUAAUAAUAAUAAUAAUAAUAAUAAUGCUGAUGAUAAUGACGAUGACUUUAAGCAGUGGGAUUAUAUGAUGAUUGAUAAAAUACGGAGCAAAGGACAAUGUCAGAGGUGUUGAUUAAACGUCAUGUGCAAAGUUUUCCUCCCUCGAACAAACACUUAGUUAUGAUGAAAUAGAUCACAUUUAACGAUCCACAUUUUGUCGACAGAACUGCAGGAAUGCUAAAUCAACACCGCUGACACAAACGCUGUGCGCACACCCCCAUUUUGCUGCUUAGCAAGUGCUGCGCCUGUGACCACUUUCCAGGCACUUCACAGUUCCUAAUAAACUGGCUUUGCUUCGGCAUAGCCACGUUCUUCAAGUCAGCGUCUCCAUGCAGCCGGAUGUCAGGGAAAGGCAGCGAGUUUAGAGACAAUUCAAAACAAAAUGUAGAAAAUGAGAAGAGAUGGCAGGUAUUCAACAUGUACAGACACUGAAAAGCAUUGAGGCAAAAAAAAAAACAACCAAAAUCACUCUUUACAAACUGAUUGCAUGUGUUAUAAUACAGCUGAUGCGGCUUCUCGGGCGAUUUUAAUCAUACAAACUAUUAAUAAAACACAAAGAAGCACAGCCAGCCACAUACUGUACACACUGCAUGCGCACCUUAUAUGGUAAAGCGAGCACGAUGAGUCCUCCAAUAGAACGCUCACCUCGCUACUAUUUACACAAUUGUUUUGGCAGGAUUGUUACUUGAGAAUCAACACGACAAGAAAAGGCUUUUAAAGCAGGCAAUCAUCUUUGCACACUACAAAAACAUUCGCUGGCACUCCCAACAAAUGCUUCCCUUUUUUAUAUGCUACUGCAGCUAAAGUAUAAAAAACACACUUUAAAUACACAUUUUAUACACACACUAGUUCAUUUCUGUGCAUAAAAGCAGUACAAAGUGUUUUAAUAACAUGGACACACACUGUGUGCUCUACUUGAAUAUCUUUCAUAUUCUUCCUUGUCUAAUUUCCUAUUUAUUCAUACAAAAUAUUAAUGCCAUGUGUUAAUUCAGCUUCGCUGGGAGCAACAUGAAUGCACAAGGAGAAAAUGAUGCACUGAUUACGUUCGUGGUUUGGGAAUUAAACUUAUUAAAAAAAAAUAAAAUAAAAAAAAAGACGACGGCUGUAGUCGGCUGCAGAGAGACAGUACAAAUAAUGAAAUGGAGGAGGUAGAUGUGGUGUCUCUACAACCAGCCUAUCUGUGCAGAUUGCGUGUAAAUCACCCUCAACUUGCUGAAAUGUGUCUCUUAAAAAAAUAAAAUAAAAUCAUGUAUCAAAGCAUCUGAGCUUUUAUGAAUCGGAUCUCUAUAGAAACAGCACGAUCAAUAAUACACUAAAAACUUCAUUCACUCAAAACAAUUAUCCAAGCUGCUCUUUGGUUUUAGCGAUGAUUUGUCUUUGAAAACUCCAAGUGUUUCAAGUACCGUGAUAUCCGCAGUGUAACGCCCAGGCCACACCCAGGCCACACCGGGGACGCGCUUGUGUCUUUGCAUCAGCUUGUUGAGUAAAACCUACGGUGUGUAUGGCUUUGGAUCGCACUCAUUUGGCUCCGUGACGUCAACCAAAAAUAAAUAAACAACAAAUGCUGGCAACACAGUUUCUCCCCACAUCACACCACAGCAUGAACACGGCACACGGGCGGCUUUGGGGGAGGGGGCGUUCCUAUUUUCAUCUAUGAUAUGGUUUACAAUGACCCAAAAAACACUGUCUA